GGUUGAUGUCUCACUUGGUUGUGAACAUAAAAUUUGUAUUUUUUAUACAGGAAUGAAUUGUGGUUCACAAGUUCAUCUAACAUUUUUAGGAACAUUUACAGUGAGAAUUUGCAAUAGAUAGGCAAAUGCUGACAAUACAGACAAUAAAAGAAUCGUAACAAUUUACAAGGAGUACAAAAUAUUUCAGAAUAGUAUUAAAUCUUGGUCGUUACUUCAGUAUUCUACAUUAAUAUAAUAGAUGUAUAAAAAUCCAACAAACAUUUCUCCAUUAUUUGCAGUCAGUGUUGUAAACAAACACUUAAUUAAUGCUUAUAUAGAUUUCCUGUUGCCAUUUACAUAGGAUUAGAAUGUGUUUAGCCUACAACUUUAACCUAAGUUCUAAGAAAUAAUGCUGAUAUUUGAUCCAAUUAUUGACAUUGACUUGGCAUUAGCUUUUAUAGUGUCUCAGAUAAUAGUAACAUGGGCAAUUCACACACGCUGCACAUUCACACUUACCUCUUUAACUCAGACUGAAAUCUGCACUAGGUGAGUCCUUGGCUAAGCAACAGGAAGUUAGAUGUGAUUUUAUUCAGCUUUCUACAGUGUAAAGUGUUUGUCUCUAUAUACAUUUGUAAUUGAAGAAAUUAAUGAUGUACAAUUGACCUUAUACUCUUAAGCCAUAAAUUCAGAUAAUGAAGAAGGCAGGAAGACUAGAGGAUACAAGUUUAAAAUAAUGAAAACUCUGAUAUAACCAGUUAAAACAUUUUUGCUUUUCUAAUAGGGUGGUUAAUGUAUGCAGUACUUUUCAUUCAAAUGUGAGAGAAAGUGUAACAUUGAAGGAAUUGGAGGAGAUUGGAUGAUUAUUUAUAGUUCAGAGUUGGAUAUAGAAAAUGGAGUUUGUUUGUGCAAUUAGUAGAAAAUGGGAUAACCGAGAUGGGCCAAAUGGCCUUGGAUAGGAAACUAAUAUGUCAUUUAGCUCACUCUCAUAAAAACAAGUAGCAAAAACAUUAUACUCGUAUUGAACAGAAGUUUACAAUAAUUGAAUCUAAGAAAACAUACCUUAGUAAACUAUUUCAUGAAUUUAGUACUGCUAAACAAUAAAUACAAUUAAUUAGAAAAACACUAAUUUUGUUUAUAGUUAUUCAACCUCCAAAAAGCUAGUCAGUGAUUGGAUCAGCAUUUUGUGUCUGUUACUUCUCAUUUUUUGAUGGCUUGUAGCCUUUCAGUGAUAGUAUGUUUUGUUUUACUUCACUGACUUCAAGGUUUCAAACUCAUUCUUCAUCUGCUACCCCAAAAAUAUACAUGUAUAUCCUUCACAAUCUCUGUUCAUAAUUCCACUUUCAGUUUGUAUAUUUGUUUCAAGUUUUGGUGAUGGUAUCAGUAUAUUUGUGAUUUUAGAAACCAUUAUCUGGUUCCUCUGGCAAUAUUUUUAGUGGUGGUCUAUCCCAGUAGACAAGGAAAUUUCAUUGUUAGUUCUAUAUGUAUUCCUCAUUGUUAGUUCUGUACCUAUUCCUCAUUGUUAGUUCUUUACCUAUUCCUCAUUGUUAGUUCUUUACCUAUUAUCAUUGUUAGUUCUGUACCUGUUCUCAUUGUUAGUUCUGUAUGUAUUCCUCAUUGUUAGUUCUGUACCUAUUCCUCAUUGUUAGUUCUGUACCUAUUCUCAUUCUUAGUUAUGUACCUAUUGUGAUUGUCAGUUCUGUAUUUAUUCUCAUUGUUAGUUCUUUUACAUAUCCUCAUUGUUAGUUCUGUACCUAUUUCUCAUUGUUGGUUUGUGCCUAUUUCUCAUUGUUAGUUCUGUGCCUACUCUCAUUGUCAGUUCUGUACCUAUUCCUCAUUGUUAGUUCUAUACUACCUAUUCUCAUUGUUAGUUCUGUACAUAUUCCUCAUUGUUAGUUCUGUACCUACUCCAUUAUUAGUUCUGCACCUAUUCUCAUUGUUAGUUCUUUUCCAUAUCCUCAUUGUUAGUUGUAUGAUACCCGGGGCCUUGUACCUAAGACCUUGGGAAGGGUUGAAAGGGUUCUGCUAUUCAAUUCGACUCUUUGCGUUGGAUGCCCGGGGCCCCGGCACUUUUCACCCCCCCACCCCACCCCGUUGCUACUGAUGGGGAUAAGUUGGCUUAUUGUAUAUAAAAAUUUGCUAGAUGAAAGAAAGCAGAGGUUUGUCAUAAAUGGAGUUCAACUGGAUUAAUGCCACAAGCAUUAAAGGUCUCUGUUAGGACCUUUGCUAAUUUAUAUCAAUGACAUACUUGAAGGAAUGGCCAUAAACAAUAAUGGAGAGUAAAAAGAGUGUGGAAGAGCAUGGCUACGAACCUACUAUUGGCAGUGAAGAUGGUUUAAAUAUAAAUUCAGAGAGUCAACAAGAAGUAAAAGAAUCUACACAAAAUAAUAACGUGCCUUCUGAUGAAAGAGUUUCACCCGAACCAAGUUGUGUAAUCUGUUUGGGAAAGCCAGAAAACAAAUCUUUCACGGACAGUUGCUUUCAUAUUUUUUGCUUUGCUUGUUUAGUAGAGUGGUCUAAAGUAAAAGCUGAAUGUCCACUUUGUAAACAGUCCUUCCGUAGUAUUAUUCACAAUGUUCGAUCCCUGGAGGACUAUGAUCAGUAUCUGAUUAGCGUUCAUAACGUGCCAAAAAGUAUUCGUUCAGAUAAUUCGGGUAGACGCUUUCGUUAUCCAUCCACCCUUACGUCAGAAAGGAGACGACAGAUUCGGUUUGAAAGGAGUCUUGAAUUUCAUAAUUACAGAUCUACCUAUGCUCCUCAUGUAACACCUAGAACGGCAAGGAGAGAAAGAAGACAUCACAUUUCCACAAGCAAUUUCAGACGACAUAUUUAUGAAAGUGGACUGUGGGUGCAGCCUCUUGGAGAUGGACAAACGGGACGUUUUCGUGAUACUUCACCAGAAUUCUAUAGGCAGAAUCCUGCAUGUACUCACAGACUUAUUCCAUGGCUGAACAGAGAAUUAGUAGCUUUGCUGGGUGAUGGUGGUGAAAGUCAACUGGCUUUCCUUCUAGAGUUAGUCCUUGCAUUAAUUAUGCGCUUUGACAUAAGAAGUCCAGAGUUUUAUGAGCACGUACGCCCAUUUUUUAGGGAUCGCACAAGUCAUUUUGUACAUGAAUUUUUUAACUUUGCUCGGUCUACUUAUGACCUUAUUAACUUUGACCGGAGGGCUGUUUAUGACAUAAUUGAACAAAGACAGGAUAAAGAUAAUGAAAGUGAUAAUACCGAGUCUGACAUUGAUGUUGUCAGCAUAGAUACAAAUGAAAACAAACCUUUCAUUUCAGUAUCUGUCAGUGCUGGGAGUUCUGAACCAGGUUCGAAUGAAAUUAUUCAUAGUAAUCCUGUAGCUGUUGCAACUAUUCAAGGAGUAUCUUCACUUGAUAGUUUUUCUACACGGGCUACUGCUUACAUUUGCCAAACUCCAACCCCUGUGGAAACAAAUAAGAUCAAAGUUGUAGGAGACUCUGAAAGCGAUUCUGACUGUGUUGUUGUUUCUUAUAUUAAAUCCAAAGCAGAAAGGACUCCAGAGGUUGUUGAUCUGUGCUCGACAUCAGAUGAUGAACAGAAUCAUAAAACAAAAGUAUUCCAAGAAUGUGCUCUAGAAGGUAACAAAGGCAGUGGUCAAAAUGUAUCUAAAGAAAAACAGAAAAGUCACAGAAGUAUGAGGUCUAGAUCAUACAGAAAGUGUCACAGAAAAAAUGGUAGACAUUCAUCAUCUAAGGAAAGCUCUUUUUAUCAAAGUAGUAGCUCUGAUAUUUCUUCCUACAGAUGCAACUCAUCAAGGCAUAACACAUGUGGUUCUUCAACUCAGUCUCCAACCCCAAGCUUGGAGAAAAGUUUUAAUGACAGAUCUAGGAACAGUCAUUCUCUUUCUCAAAAAAAGAGGACUCCUAGUAAUUCGGAAAGUUCUGGUACAUAUUCACUUUCCUUUUCCAGAAGAGGACAGCAUAAAUUGAAGAGUCUUGUGAUUAGUGUUAAGAAGAGUGCUUCUUAUUCAUGUGAGCACAAAGAAAAACAUUACAGUUCUAAACAUAAAAAGAAGCAUAAUAAAUCAAAAAAGCCAAAACUUCAUAGCCAUCAUUAUCACCACCAUUAUUCAAGUUCUAAUAGUGAUUAAAAUUUUGGUUUAAAAAUCUGUUUCUUUUUCUAAGAUAGCUAGUACUUAUGUUCACACAAACAAUUGAUUCGUUAAAUGGCAUUAUUAAAAUUUAUGUAACGAUUAUGCUGAACACGUGAUACAGAUGGGUGUGAAAUGUGUUUCUUUGUAUACAGGUAAACGUACUUUGGCAGUCAGGAAUGUGAACACGUCAAAACUUGAGUUACUGUUAAACAGAAUAAUUUUACACUGUCAUCAGAUUUCUCAUUUUGAAUGACAGGACAAUUCUCUGACUAUAUCUAUUUUAUUAGUUGUUCAUAUCAAACCACGUUUGUAUAAAAGAUAUGAGUAGUUUGAAGUAAUUUGAUUUACUUUUGAUAAAAAAAUAUAAAUAUAUGGUCAUGUAAAAUUAACUUGCAUUUAUUAUAGUCUUGCUAUUUUUCUUUUGUUUGGCAGUUUGUCAUAAUGUGUUCUACGGUAUGUGCAGUUUGUAAGCUCUGAUUGGCUAAAGUUAAUGAUUAUGUUGUAUAUACUUUAAGUUACAAGGUGGGUUUCAUUAUUUUGUAUAAAUGUGUAAGUAAUACUUUUAUGUAAACAGGUUAUUGGCUUUUUAGCAGAAACAAUGUAAAACUAAACAUUAUAUUUACUUUUAUAGUGUUUUAUUAAAUAUUAUUACAUGUAUUUAGAUAUUUUCAUAAAUUAAGAGAAUUAUUUUACAGUGGUCAAGUAUAAACAAUUUUUAUCUAGUUGUGAGUUUUCUUAGUUAUAAGAUUGCCCCUUGCACAUCUAAUCAAUCCAUUAGCAACACACCAUCAAAGAGCAUAACUACUUUGUGAUUUUUAAAAAGAAAACUUGAGAGUUUCUACUUUGUGUUUUAUAUUAUUUUUGAGUAAUUGUACACGUUAUUUGCUGCUACUUGUUUGAUAACCUGAUUUCAGUACUGUGUUUUAUGUUAGGGUGUCGAACAACUUUGGCUGUUAGUGUAAACAUUACUUGUAGAUCAUUCACAGAAGACUUGUAUACCACAACCAUGUCAGAAUGAAAACUCGUUCAAUAAUACAGGCAUAAAUUUAUAUUUUAUCAUAUUAUUAUUUUUUUUUCAAUAUAGUAAUAGCAGUUGUUGUUUCAACAGUAAAAAUAUUUGAAAACUACAUGGUAUAUUAAAAUGCGUUUGAUUUAAGAACCUUUAAAAUGAUUAAACAGAAGGUAAUUUUUUGUUAAGUGUCAAGUGAUAAUGAUAUAUUUUCUCAAGAGCAAUUUGGAGAUUUUACACCAUGGGAAUAUUAAAUGAAGUAAUGAGACAUUAUUCAUUUCACUUAACUUUUAUAAGUUUAACUUUCUAGAGAAAUAAUUACAAUACUCAUUGAGUGACAGGCUUGACACUAAUAAGCUGUACAAAUAUGGGUAACAUAAAUUAUUACAGAACUCGUAUGUAUAAAUAUGGUGUUUCAAAGUUUUUAGUUAUCAUGGGUUUAGGAAUUAGGUUUGAAAAAAAUAGGUUGUUGGAGCACUUACAAUACUGAGAUAUAUCACAACAAUGAUAGUAUACUAUUGUUAACUUAAUGUGGAGAUGACAACUAUGGAAUUGAACUAUGAGGUAUUGUUGAAUUUGAUUAUUAAAGGUGAUUUCUAUUUUUGG